AUGGAAAAGGGAAAUUAUACACCUGUGACAGAGUUCUUUAUGAUGGGGCUUUCUAACUACCCAGAACUCCAGGUAUUUCUUUAUGUGCUCUGUCUCUUGAUGUACUUGGUGAUUCUCCUGGGAAAUGGCACCCUCCUUAUCAUCACCAUCCUGGACCCUCGCCUUCACACCCCUAUGUAUUUUUUCCUUGGGAACCUCUCCUUUCUGGACAUCUGCUACACAUCCUCCUCAAUCCCUCAAAUGCUAGUUAAUUUUACAUCCGAAAGAAAAUCCAUCACUUUCAUUAGGUGUGCCUUACAGAUGAUUUUUGCUCUUGGACUUGGGUGCACAGAGUGUCUACUGUUGGCAGUAAUGGGUUUUGACAGGUUUGUAGCCAUCUGCCAUCCACUAAGGUACACCAUUAUCAUGAACAAGGGACUCUGUGUGCAGAUGGCUGCUUGGACCUGGACACUAGGAUUUCUGGUUGCUUUGGUACAAUCUGGGCUUGCCUUGAUUUUGCCCUUCUGUGAUAACAUUAUUGAUCAUCUUUUCUGUGAAAUUGUAGCCCUUUUAAAACUUAGCUGUGUGGACAUAUUUGUUAUGAGAAUUGCAGGCAUUUUUGUGUUAAUUGCUCCUCUUCUACUUAUUUUCUUUUCUUAUGUCUUUAUUUUGUUCGCUAUCUUGAAAAUUAAGUCUACUGAGGGGAGGAAAAAGGCCUUUUCCACUUGUUCAGCCCACCUUACCGUAGUGAUCUUGUUCUAUGGAUCUGCUCUUUUCAUGUAUAUGAAGCCUAAGUCUAAGGGCACUAAACUUUUUGAUGAACUCUUUGGAUUGUCUUACUGGGCAUUCACUCCAAUGCUGAACCCCAUCAUCUACAGCCUGAGGAACAAAGAGGUAAAAGGAGCUGUGGAGAAAGUCAUAAUCAGAAAGUUAUUUUUAAAGAAAUUUUGA